AUGCGGUCUUCCCUCAUGAAAUCCCCUUCCACAUGGGCUGUGUUGGCUCUAUCCCUUCUCCCAGCCGUCACAGCCACGCCUUUACUCGAAAAACGAGCAAAAGGCUCCUGGCUAGGCCUAAACACCGAUUUCCCAGACCCCAGUUUCAUGAAAGCAGCCGAUAACAAAUGGUACGCCUUCGGCACCAAUGGCAACGGAAAACGCGUCCAAGUCGCAAGGUCCGACGACUUCAAAACAUGGACCCUCCUAGACAUCGAAGCCCUCCCCACCAUCUCAUCCUGGGAGACCGAAAAUGACCACUGGGCGCCGGAUGUCGUGAUGAGAAAAGAUGGAAAGUACGUGAUGUAUUACUCCGGCGAGGCCAAAUCAAACCUCCGACACCACUGCGUCGGCACAGCCGUCGCUGAUAAUCCAACGGGGCCCUAUGUGCCCAGUGAAAAACCCUUAUCCUGUCGUCUCGACCAAGGCGGGUCAAUCGAUCCCGCAGGGUUCCUCGACAAAGACGGCAGUCGCUAUGUCGUGUUCAAAGUCGACGGCAACAGCAUCGGCAACGGCGGAGACUGCAAUAACGGUGUGGAACCGCUUGUCUCCACGCCGAUUCUGCUACAAAAGGUCGCUGACGAUGGCAUCACACCUGUCGGGGAUGCGGUGCAGAUUCUCGACCGCAACACUGCUGACGGGGAUGGUCCGCUUGUUGAAGCGCCGAAUCUGAUUCUCCACGGUGAUACGUACUUUUUGUUCUAUUCUACUCAUUGCUUUACCGACCCGAAGUACGAUGUUCGCUGGGCGACUGCUGAGAGUAUCACCGGGCCUUAUACCAAGACUAAUGUGCCUUUGCUUAAUGCGGAUACGACGGGGCUUAUCUCGCCUGGCGGUGCGACGGUUUGUGGGUGUGGUGAUCGCAUGUUGUUCCAUGGGUUCUGCUCGGAGGAGAGAACUAGUCGGUGUAUGUAUGCGGCUGAUGUGAAUAUCAGUGGGAAGACGGCAUCGAUUGCUUGA